AUGGCUUUCCUUUUCUAUCUUCAUCUUUCUCCUUUUCUUCCUCUCUGUGCUUUCGUUUUUUAUUCUAUUUUAUUUUUGCUCUUCCUACCCCCCUCUCUCUCUCUCUUUCUCUCUCUCUGUCUCUCUGUCUCUCUCUGUCUCUCUUAUGGUUCAUUAUCUAUCUAUCUAUCUAUCUAUCUAUCUAUCUAUCUAUUAUGGUUCAUCAUCUAUCUAUCUAUCUAUCUAUCUAUCUAUCUAUCUAUCUCUCUAUCUAGCGUGGUUCAUUAUCUAUCUAUCUAUUACGGUUCAUUAUCUAUCUAUCUAUCUAUCUAUCUAUCUAUCUAUCUAUCUAUCUAUCUAUCUACCGUAGUUCAUUAUCUAUCUAUCUAUCUAUCUAUCUAUCUAUCUAUCUAUCUAUCUAUCUAUCUAUCUACUUGUACGUUCUUUUUUUCUGUUUUAUCAGUCCUUUCUUUCUUUCUUUUUCUAAAUUCCUCUCACUUUCUUUCACCUACCAUUUUCCCUCUCUUCUUUCUUUCUUUCUUUCUUUCUUUCUUUUUUUCGCACUAUCAUUUUUAUCACUCUCUUUUUAUCAAUAACUUUCUUCUCUCGCAUUUCUUAUCUUUCUUUCUCUCUUUCAUUUUUCUAAAUUCUUCUCACUUUGUCACCUACCGUCUUUACUCUCGUCAUCCCUUAUACUUUCUUUCUUUCUUUCUUUCUUUCUUUCUUUCUUUCUUUCUUUCUUUCUAUCUUUCUUAA